AUGUCUCUGCCCAAAUCGUACCAGCAGAAUUUUUCUCCCCAGGAGAUCAAUUUCCUGGCCGAGCAGGAGCUGGUCACGGUGAUACCGCGGUACAGUAUGAACGGGGCACAGCUGAUAGGCUCGAAGAUGCCGAAACUGAGAGCCCUGAAUAGAGAGCAGAUCCCGCUGUGGCUCGCGACGUUGCUCAAAAAACAGGAGAAAUGCAACAUUGUGGUGCCCGAGUGGCUUUCCGUGGAGUAUCUGCGUGUACGCUAUGACGAGGAGAUCAAGUAUCCGAGCAAGUUUUCGAAUCUACCCUGGCACUGGCUGCCGAUAGCGAAAAAACUGCUCGACUACGCGUCCGACGACUUCAUCGACCCGCCGCAUGAGAUCAGGUCCUUGCUCCAGGACUUGCGCGAAGUUCGACUCGUCAAGGCCAGAAAGGGAAUUCGGGAGCUCAAUCACGUGUAUAUCCAGCUGGACGGACUUUCGCUGAUGGAGAUCAACGAGAUACGGCCGUUUAUUUUAGAGGUGAUGGAUCAGCUACGGAAAAUGAACGACAGUCUCAAAGUCAAGACCGAAGAGGAAAUGCCGCGCCAGGCAGCCGCGCAGAUGGACCGUGACGAAGACAGCGACGACGAUAUUUAUCAAAAAGAGUGAGUUAGCAAACGUUUUCCACAACAACAGGCUUGCGGUCUUCUUCGCCCAGAUCGGUCUUGAGUCUUCUGUCAAACAGCUCAAACAGAAACCCGAAACAGGAGCUUGUGAUGGCCGAGUCAUAGCGGCCCUUGCUGCUCUCGUCGCGGACAAAGGCGUGCUGGGCGUCGCAGAUCUCCAUGAACGUGAGCUUGGCUCCCGCGUCUCUGAGCUUGGCUCUGAUGAGAUCGCGGCCCUCAGGCGGCACGUGGUUGUCGAGCGUGCCGAAAAACAUCACCAGCUCCUGUCUGUGGCUGUCCAGCUCCUUGCACACUCGCUCCAGCGAAUCGUCGCCGCCUUUUCCAAGCGACUUGGAGUGGAUGUCAGUGGCAAAGAAACACACAGCCGCCGUGAUGCGCUGGUCAAGAAGCGCGCGGAACGCCAGAUGGCCGCCCAAACACAUUCCUGUAGCACCGAUUUUCCCGUUAAACGUGUCCAGCGAGUACAAAUAAUCACAGCAUAGUUUAUUAUCCUCAUCGUAGGAAUCGAUGGUUUUUUCGACUUUGUACCGAUUGCCGUCGUCCGUCCCCUUCACGUCAUAGGCCAAUGGACGGUGGUCGACAAAGUCGUGGUAAAUCGAUGGAGCCACGCAAAUGUAGCCCUCUGCUGCGAUCUUCUUUGCAAACCGUGCAACAGGACCCGUCACCUGGUAGAUCUCGCUGUACACGACGACCCCGGGAAACUUGGCCCGUGGAUAUCCGGGGAUUUUCGGGUGGAACGUGUAUAUUCU